AUGGGAAAUGCUUCAGACACAACCCUGUUUGUCUCCACAAUCUCAAAGGAGCUUGACUUGCUCAUGGGCACUUUCUACAGCAUAUUUUGUGUUCUGUCUCUCCUGGGGAAUGGCAUCUUGCUGCUUGUUGCGUAUCGUAAGCGAUUGUCCUUGAAGCCGGCCGAGUUCUUCAUCAUAAACCUGUCCAUCAGCGACCUUGGGAUGACCCUGUCUUUAUUCCCUCUGGCCAUUCCCUCAGCAUUCGCUCACAAGUGGCUGUUUGAUGAGAUCACCUGUCAGUUUUACGCUAUGUGUGGGGUUCUGUUUGGUCUGUGCAGUCUGACCAACCUCACAGCUCUCUCUUGCAUCUGCUGCCUCAAAGUCUGCUUCUCUAACUAUGGCAAUAAAUUCUCCUCAUCCCAUGCCUGCUUCCUGGUGGUGGCAGUGUGGUGUUAUGCCUCUGUGUUCGCCAUCGGUCCCCUGGCACAUUGGGGACACUACAGAGCAGAGCCUUAUGGCACUGCCUGCUGCAUUGACUGGAACGUACCCAACUACGAGCUGUCUGCCCUGUCCUACAUUGUCUGCCUGUUCCUCUUCUGCUACGCUCUGCCCUGCACCGUCAUCUUCCUCUCCUACACCUUCAUCCUGCUGACGGUGCGCGGCUCUCACCAGGCCGUCCAGCAGCAUGUGUCACCCCAGACCAAGACCACCAACGCACACGCCCUCAUCGUCAAGUUGUCAGUAGCAGUAUGCAUCGGAUUCCUUGGUGCAUGGAGCCCUUACGCCAUAGUGGCCAUGUGGGCGGCAUUUGGUGACGCCACCCUAGUGCCUCCUACUGCAUUCGCCCUGGCAGCCAUCUUUGCCAAAUCGUCCACCAUCUACAAUCCUAUGGUAUACCUGCUUUGCAAACCAAACUUCCGCAAGUGUCUUUGUCGGGACACAUCCACGUUCCGCAAUAGGAUCUGCAGGGGCAGCCCCCGGCCUGAACAGAAAGACCCAUUUGGAUCCACAUCCCAGAGAAACAUCAAGGACAUGAGUGUCUCAAACGGACAGCCAGAGAGCCACAGGGCAUGUUUGCACUCUGCCGAGGAUGGAGCACACUGCCACACAGGGACCACUCCCCAGAGGACUGCCCGAAUACUGUCAGGCUCCACCUACAGCAAUUCGACUGUCAGUCAACUCUCUGCUAAACAACAGGCUCAUUUCCUCUAGUAGUGAAUCAGAACUGUAUCCUACCCUAAUCAUUCAGGCAGGGAUGGAGAUGGUCAGGUGGAAAGACAUGGCCAGGAUGGGAGACAGUAAAAUGGCAAAAAAGGAUAGGUGGAAUUCAGUUCAAGCACACAGGGCAAGAUGUCAGUAUCUGUGAGAAUCUGGCCCAUCAUGCCUCAUCAGCGUUUGCCUCCGCUACAAAACAGUGCAUGCAUUCCCCUGUGCCAUCCAUCCCCCCAAACAUACAUAUGUUUUUAGCUGGCUGAGUUACCGGUAUUGGCGCUUAUUUGGGCAAUAUUUGUUAAUGCCUCCAUUCCAGAUAGCUAUUAUUGGCAUUACAGCAAGCUGCAGCCAGCCUCAGCAUCCCUAUAGGGAGAGCCUCAGUCCAUUCUGUUCUGACCAAGGUCACUGCCAAAGGACCACAGCUUCAAGGUUGGAUAUUUAGCAAAAAAAACAUAUUUCUUGAAAUGUUUAUGUACAUCGGCAGCUGUUAUACUCCGUCUCGCUCACCAUAACAAACAAGUUGGUCAAUGCAAACAACAACUAACAUUAAGUUGUACAAGAUGCCUAAGGACAAAAUUGUUAAUUGAAAUAUUUAAAUAUAUUUAUAAAAGAGAACAUUUAUUGUUAUAAGUGCAGUGGAUUUAUCCAAGGACAAUUACAUGGCAAGGAGACAGAACCAAAGGAAAUAGGAGCCCAAUGAUCCCACACAUUAUGCAAUGUUCACAUCUCUGUCGUGGGGGCUAUGAUAUGAAAAUCUUAUAGCUAAUCACUAAACUCGUCUGGUGAUACCGUGCCAGUGUAGAGAGAGGCCUUGGCAAAAUUUCUCAUGACAUUAUUUCCAAUACAUUGUUGAUAGUACUGGGCUGUGAAAUAGGCCUAGAUUUCCUUUCAGACCAUUGUGUUGUUGUGCUGUAGGCUUUGAUGUGUAUUUGUAAUAAGAGAGCCUAUCUAGGCUACAUUUUCAUCAUGAUGUCCUUAUUAAAACUGUGAAACAAAUAUGAGGAAAUUGCUUUAAUUAGCUAAUUUUAGAAACAAUAUGGAAAACUACCAGUCUGGUGCGUGGUUAUAUUGUUUGAAAUGUACCCCUGAGGGUACCACAGGAGGGCAUCCUUAUGUUUCUAGUGUCCAGGUGAGCCUGAUUAGGAUUACUGGGUUCACCUAGUUUAGGACUAUUUAGGUUCCUCUAUUGAACUGUGCCGGUUGCUCAGACCUCUUGUCUUGUUUUGUGAUGUACUCAUGUGCACUUGCUUUGUUGUUUUUUCUGUGAAUACUUCAGUAAACAUUCUGGAU